AGUUCACGCGUACUUCAAGCGAACUUCUGGAGUAUUGUUGAUUUUUUAAAUGAAUCCGUUGAAGAACCUUUCAAAAACAAAAUAGAUAGAUAUCUUAAAUCCCUUGAAACAAUUAUGAACAGCGAACAAGGCAAGAGGGCUAAUAGAGCAAAGGUUCUCUACGAUAGUUAUAAGAAGGCAAGUAAAAGUUUUUUGUUUGAAAUUGUGGCGUGGCGAAGGAUCUCACUGUACCCACUGGGCACAGAUGGAACUGCUAGUCUGGCUGAUGUUCCAAAAUCUAGAGCUGAUUGUACAAAGGCAAAAGAAUGGGAAGAAAAGCGUACAAAGAAGCAGGUUCAUAUCCACCAACCAAAUCUGAACGUGGGGGUUGUAAUAAAUGAAAUAAACGGUGGAACAUUUGGAAGCAUAAACAACGAAAAUAAAGAAUCUAAGGAACAAGCUAAUUUCAAGAGGGACGAGGUCGAUGUUUUUUUUCAAAGUCCCUCACAAACGAAAUGCAAUGACGAUGACAACUCUCGAAAGAUGAUGUCUGUGUAUGAUUACAAAAAAUAUGAAAAAUCCUACGCUAAGUUGGAUGAUUCCAAGAAGUGGGUACUCACAACCGGAACCGUUGUGGAAGACGCUCUUUAUAAAUUCGGCCUACGUUGUAAAUAUGAACAUCUUGCUCAUUCGUUUGUCUUGGACCCUGAUGACCAUACUUACCUGAAAGAAAAUAUUUUCACCGAAAGCGAAUUACGCGAAAUUCGCCAUUUUCAAGUUAAAGAAACGCCACUGAUGCCUCUUGACUUGAUUAAGUAUCUAAAUAGCUUUAACCUUAAAACCAGUUCAGAAAUUCGGAAACAAAUCUUUAGUCCUGAUCAAAUGGAUCAAGACUUCAAUAGGUCAAGGGAUUUUGAUAGAGACUGGAUUCGGAAUACAAAUAUGAAUCGAAAUACUUUAACGACGGAUCACCUAGAACUUUGGUUACUUGUUCAUGUUUGGAGUUUUACCGAUAAAGUUUUUAAUGAUAUUGAGGAAGUGAAAGUGGUCAGAGGGGAGUCGUGUAGCCUGCUGUCAUCAGCACGAAAAAAUCGUGAAAGAACCGUGCCUGGAAUAGCAGAUAUUGAACGAAAAGCGCUUGGAAUGAGAGGCGAUAUGAUCAUUCGUAAGAUAACAGCAGAGUUUGGGUGUGCAGAAGUAGGUCGACAAUUUGAGAGUGAGAAUGGUACGAAGUUGUUGCGUGAAAGAGGCCUUAAGAUGCCCAAAAUGAUGAAGGACAUGUUCAAUCGCCUAUGUGAAACUUUCAACCAUGAUGAUCAUAAAACCCGCCAAUUGGAAAUGAUUGGUUUCCUUCAUGCUGGGCUCAUGAUGGUACUUCUGCGCCUGGACUCGCCAGCUGGAUAUGUGUGUCGUGUGUUACGAUCAAAAUCAUUUUCUAUCGCUACAAAUAUUAAAGAAUUUGGAAAGACACUCCCAUUAAUUUCUUUGACAUGGAAGGCUAAUAAGAUUGUUGAAAAUAUGAUCAGUUUGAUUGAAAAAACUGAUGAAACCGAUGAAAGUAGCGAAGAAGACCAAUUAAGGCGUUUACAGGAUAUCUACGAUAUUACACCACUGCCAUCACGAAAGCGAAAAAAGGUAGAUUUACCAACAUGCUUGGACACUCCAUCAAAACUGUCAAAGAGAGCUAAGAAAUCCCACUUGAUCUGUUUGGACCACCACCACCAUUCAACUGUUAUCAAGCAAGAAUCUUGCCCAGAUCCUCAGUGUGAGGGAGAAAAUAGCGUUACUGCCAAAUUUUGUUCGGAUUGUGGAAAGCCAAUCAAUGAAUGA